AUGACAACUGCAGUUCGUAUACUCGCAUAUGGUUGUGCAGCCGAUCACUAUGAUGAGUAUAUUAAAAUCGGCGAGAGCACUGCCAUUAAAUGGUUGAAGGCAUUUUGUAAUGCUAUUGUUGCUGUGUAUGUAGAGGAGUAUAUGCGCCCACCCAAUGAAGCCUACAUAGCACGGCUACUUGAAGAAGGGGAGCAGAGAGGUUUUCCAGGUAUGCUUGGUUCUAUCGACUGUAUGCACUGGGAGUGGAAGAAUUGCCCAGUGGAGUGGCAAGGCAUAUAUAGGGGACAAUCUGGUAAGAAUACUCUCAUAUUGGAAGCAGUUACCUCACAAGAUUGGUGGAUCUGGCAUGCAUUCUUCGGAAUGCCGGGUUCACAUAAUGAUAUAAAUGUGUUGGAUCAUUCCUCGAUAUUCAACGGCAUCAUCAAUGGCCAAUUACCUCCAGUUAAUUAUGUAGCGAAUGGACAUCACUAUAGAAUGGGGUAUUACCUGUCUGAUGAUGAGCGUCACGCAAAUAUUGGAAGAUGGACUCCGCCACCGGAGGAUGCAAUCCCGAUUCCCACUUUAAGUCGAUGCCCAUCAGUUUUAGCGGCACACAUAUCCUCUUGCCAACUUCAAAUUCGCAACAGAGAGACAAAUACGCGGUUGAGGAAUGAUUUGAUGGAAAAUUUGUGGAACCGUUGUGCUGAUGAAGAUAUUUAA